CCUCGUUCGUUCCAUUUAUGUACGUGUAAGAAGAAGAGUAUACUUUGCAUCAGUUUUGUGGUUCAAUCGUUUGAUAUGGUGCCCUUUUUUUGUGCGGGGCUCGUCACCAAGAUCAUCUCGUAAAAAAUAAAGAACAUUCGUCUUCUUUUUCCUCAUCCUCAUCCAUAUGAUGACUAGUCAGCCCUCCUCCUCCUCCUCCAACUCAGAUCUUAAGUCCGCGUCCGGUCCUCCAUACACCCGUCUCUCUCUCUCUCUCUCUCUCUCUCUCUCUUCCAUUCCCCAAUCUCGACUGUCCCUGUUUCGAUCCGGAGAUGACGAUCAGGGGACGCCGGCGACCUGGCCGUGCUCCAGGCCCAAGGCCGCGCCUCCCAAACAGCACCACGACGCGCUCACGCGAUACCAAGUGGGUCGCCCACGGACCGCCAGGAAAUUCGGCUUCUCAACGUCGACGUCGACCCCAAGGCGCACCGCAGAUCGACGUUUAGAAGCCGAAUUCCUCAACGCCGCCGCCGUCACUCCACCACCAUAGCUGACGCAGACGCAGACGCCGCCGCUCGAUCUACACCGCCGACCCCGCCUGCCUUGUGCCCUUCCCCUUACGAGCGGGCAAACUCGUCUAUGCUCUAUAACCACUCAACUGAGCAGCAGCAGCAGCAGCAGCAGCAGAGCAUCUGCAGGUUGAUACACACACACUCCUGACACGGACGCGCCGAGAGAAUGCAGUUCUGGAGCCGUGUUGCGGCCAUGCUGCCCAUUGAGCUCAACAAUCAAGGCAUAGUCGACAACCUCACCGAAAAUAAUAAGACCAGGGUGUGGGUUAGCAGACGGAUAGGGGAGGACCAACUCUACUUGGUGCAUGUUCAGCGCACUCCAGGCAUUGGUCUCCCGACCUCACUGGUCGUCAAGUAUUUCCAGAACAUGAACCCAACACCGCUACUGGAUGACAGUGUUAAGAAUCGAUGCAAGUCAGAGAUGAUCCUGUUAGCUAGCAUCUCACACAACAACAUCAUCAACGUCCUAGAUGUCAUCGAGAGGGAUGAGGCCGUCAUGCUAGCCUACAAGUAUGAGGUGAAUGGCAACCUUGGCUACUGGCUGCACCAGCCCAAGGAUGCCGGUCGUCCAUUGUCCUGGCCGGAGAGGAGGACCAUCGCCAUCGGCGUCGCCAAAGGGCUCUGCCACUUGCACCAUGGAUGCAACAAGCCGAUUGUCCACCACAACAUCAGCUCCCACAACAUCUUGCUUGAUCAGAAUUUCAAGGCCGUGAUAGCCAGUUUUGGCGCUGCACAGAUGAACAUGGUCGGCCUCAACCAACCGUUGCCGAUCGCGGAGAUUCCGGUUGGUAACUUUGGGUAUGCAGCUCCAGAAUAUGGUACAGCGCCAGGCCAGCUGACGGAGAAAGUAGACAUUUACAGUUUUGGUGUGGUGCUGCUAGAGCUCGUCACAGGGCGGGUGGCGAACGGAGCUGGAGCGGAUGGUCAUUUGGCGAUUUGGGCACAGGAUAAUUGCAAUGAGCUGAUGGCAAAUCAUCGGGAAAUGUUCAUGAUGGUCGUCGACAGAGAGAUCCCAGAUCGUGCACGAUACAUGGAGGAGAUGGUGAUGGUGUUCAGGCUGGGUGUGGAUUGCACCGCCAGGGGUCCGCAUCUAAGGCCGUCCAUGCAGAUGGUUCUCAAACGUCUCCGCCGGGGCCGAUUCCGUGCCCCCCUCAGCUGCUACCUACUGUGAAGCCACCGGCCAAACAAACAAUUUUGCUAUUCCACAAUCACCUGAAAUCUUGCAAUGUUUCAGUUGAUCUUUUUCCCUUGGAUUGUGGUUGUGAUCAUCUGUUGUGUUUUGUGUGGACUCCUGGUUGGGGAAAACACUACCAGAGAGAGAGAGAGAGAAGCGAAGUCCUAAUUGACCACAGCUUCUGCAGCCCUGUUUGUUUUGUUUCAGCAGCUGCUAGCCGGAGCCUAGUAAGCUUAAGCAGAUGAUAGCUGGAGUACGUAGUAUGUCGGUUUGGUAUUGAGUCUAGUGAAUUCAGUGAAUUCAGUACUUAUGUCGGUUCCAGCAUGUAGCCUAUAUAAAGGCAGGUCUUUAUAAUACUUCAGCAAGCAAUGAAUUUUCUACUUCCUACA